AUGUCCGGCAGCUCUCACACUGCACCCAUGGCGCCUGCCUGGUGGUCAGGGUCCAGCAGUCAAUCAACAUCCGGCAGUCUACCCCAGAAGCCCUUGCAUUGGUCAGAUGACUGGGAUCCAGCAACGGAACCUUUCCCAGAAAUUGACAUCGAGCCACACAGUGCUGAAAGUCCAGCGGAUAUUAUCGCAUUGAAUUCUUCUGAUCAUCGAGCCACAACCCCUCUUCAAUCGAAAGAUCAUCACUUUAGGGAAUAUCUUUCAUCGUCGCCCUGCAUUUCGGAAGAUACUACGUUAUCAGACAACGAUGUUUCAUCUCCAGACGCCUCCAGUCCUGAUCUUUCAGCAAGUGGGACAUCGUCUUCCAAAGCAGAAUGGAGAGGUCUAAGUCAGACCGGCAAUAGCUGGGAGCAGAUACCAGCAGCAAAUAGGACACCUCCAGAGCUAUUAUUCCAGAUCUAUGCCAUGUUAAGUCCUCGAGAUUUCGAUAACGCUCGACGAACAUGCUCGCAGUGGAUGCGCGCUAGUCUGCAUCAAACGCUUCUCGAAAACAUGUUGAAAAGGGCCGGCUGGUGGGAUGCAUGGCGGCGGGACUGUCAAACCUAUCAACCUGUCGACGGUGUGGAGGAGAGCGUGGUUUGGCGGUUGAGCAAGCGCUUCUCUACCGAGUGUGUACUAUCUGGUCGAAAGCUCAAUGUUGAGAAGAGCGGGUUCUUGCCGACCGGCGUCGUGGAUUUCGGACAGUUGUCGCGCGAAUCAUUGCCAAAGGAGUCUCCGGGUUUAUCACGGGAUAUUUUCAAUGGGUCUGCACCGAGACUUACAGCCGCGCUGCGAGACCCCGCCUUUUCUCAUUCCAUCAAAUUCAGUGUUAGCACAUGCGGCCAUUAUGUCUUGGUUGCCACAGGAUGUAUGAUUUAUGUGUACUACCUUGGCAACCGGAAGCGGGGCGAUUCGCUACCUCCUCGUAUAUCAGAUGCCACACCAUCAGACCUGAUCCUAAGUGAUGACGAUCUCGACAUCUUACCCGUAUCAAGCAUCGGAUGUCCUUAUGAAGUCUUGUCAGCUACUAUCGAUACCAGUACGCCCAAAUUUGUGAUUGCUGCAUUGCUGCGAGGCCGAAUUGGCAUGAUCUGCGACAUCAAGGGAGUCCCAAUUCAUUCUUCUGCUGAGAGAACAUCGCCCUUCCUACGCAAACGUUCCUCGGCCAGGGAAGAACUUCCUGCAGACCACGCUAGAAAGAUGGACGAAUUCAGAGAUGCCAUUGCUUCUAGUGCAGUUAUUGAGCCGGCUACCCCUCCAAGUGGACGGCCACCUAUGGCCCCUCGCACCGUUUCCACACGUCGCACUAUGAAUCGUCUGACCAGAGCACCGAGGAAAUACUUUCACGAUAUUUGCUCUGUGGAGGAUCCACCUCGCAGUGUAUCAAUCUGCCCUGGUCGUCGAUGUGUGGCUUUUGGAUGCGGCUCUGGUAUUGAAUUGCACUGGGUCGAUGAAAAGACACAGGAGGACUCUAGAAAGAUGUUUCCACUUUCUCAGCCGGCAGAGGUUCUGCACUUCCUGCCUAGCCGUGUCGAAAUUGAUGAGGCAUCCAAGUUGCGAUUAAUUUCUUCAUUAGCCGGUCCCGGUGCUUCGGGUUCCAUCUCUCUUCUCGGGUAA